UAUAGAUUGCAAAUCAACCAAGAGCAACCGUUGUACUAAUUUCCCAUUCAAAGUUUCUCCUUGGUUGCCUAGAAAUGGGAACACUAGAUUCACUGACCUAAACGGAGAGAUCAUAUAUCAUUUCAUGUUUAUUUCAAGUUUCAGUGAGUAUACCGUGGUUGACAUUGCCAAUGUACUAAAGAUUGAUCCACAAAUCCCUCCUCAUAGGGCCUGCCUUCUCGGUUGUGGUGUAUCGACAGGGGUAGGUGCUGCUUGGAGAACAGCAGGUGUAGAGCCAGGGUCAUCAGUUGCUAUAUUUGGGCUAGGAUCUGUUGGAUUAGCAGUUGCAGAGGGCGCUAGACUUUGUGGAGCAACUAGAAUUAUUGGUGUGGAUGUCAACCAUGAAAAAUUUGAAAUUGGAAAGAAGUUUGGACUCACCGACUUUGUUCAUGGUGAGGAAUGUGGAAACAAAUCUGUGAGCCAGAUUAUCAUAGAGAUGACUGAUGGAGGAGCAGAUUAUUGUUUUGAAUGUGUCGGUAUGGCAUCAUUGGUGCAUGAAGCAUAUGCUUCUUGUAGAAAGGGUUGGGGAAAAACAAUUGUUUUAGGGGUGGACAAGCCAGGAGCUAGGUUGAGCCUCAGUUCUAGUGAGGUCCUUCAUGAUGGGAAAAGCCUUAUGGGAUCUGUGUAUGGAGGACUCAAACCCAAAUCUCAUGUACCGAUUCUACUUAAACGUUACAUGGACAAGGAACUGCAAUUGGAUGAAUUUGUGACUCAUGAGUUGGAGUUUAAGGACAUCAAUAAAGCUUUUGAUUUAUUGAGUAAAGGAGAUGUGUGAUUUGGAUGGACAAACGAAUGCAUUCUUAUGUAAUACCAUAUAGCCUUUUUGAAUCUAGUGACUUUGAU